AUGAUGCAGCCGAACAAGAAAGCCAUGCCGAACCUCUUUGUGAUGUUCCUGAGAACAGGACUUGCCCUCCUCAGCCUCGAAUCAACAUGUACAAAGACGAGGAGGGCAAGUUCAACGGCAAAGUCGUGCGAAGAGGACGCAGAGAAGUUUGUGGCCUGGAAAUUCGGCGGCCAGAGAUACGACGGACGCGAUCAAGUGCUUCUGCUUGCCGAGGACAAGCCGCGCUUCAAGAAGUCUGGCCGUGGCGAUAUUCCUGACAGCGAUUCAGAGUAA